UACAAGUACACCCACCCGCCCCAAGAUCCUAGGCGGCUUUGGCUUGGCGCUUGGCUCUAUUGUUUUCCCAUCCAUUUUCUCUUAAGCAAUUCCCUUGCUGUCUGCCAUCCCUCACACUCCUCUGGCACCGGAGGUUUUCCAAACUUAAACAGGCUCUCUGCGUUUUUCAUUUCUUUGGCCGUGUGCAUUGUGGUUCGGUUUGGGUUUCGUUAUUUCUUUUUACUCGGUUCGACCUUACGGCCCACCAUCUCAUCGAAGUAGACGACCAUUUUGUCCGAAAGCGAAAACAAGACGUUUCGCCGCUGGCUGGUCCCCUUUCGCUUCAACCUGACACUCGUCUACGAACGUUCGACUUUGGUCCUUUGCAGAUAUAACCAACUCGGACCAAAUCCCAACCAAGGACGUACGAUAAUUUUUACGAUUCCGAGUCAACUUGUAGCGCGGUUGCCUAUUUGUAUCAGCUCGUGACGCCUUUGCUGUGCGGCACGCAUCGUAGCAGACAUUCAACUGCUGGAUAUCGCAUCACCGUUGGAGAACACAACAACAAGCUUCACAGGAACCAUUGAGCGUUGCGGGGCGGCCGUAGUCGGAAGUUAUUGGGCGCUGGCCCCUUUUACCUUGACAUGGCUGUUGCGUUCCGCCACAGGUGUUACUCUUAAACGCGCUUGUUUCCGAACCCCAGGCAGCCACGACGACCAUUGCUAGCUGCGCUGCUAGUAUCUUGGGGUAAACCUCCGCCAACCUUGCGUUCCUGGCAGCUUUAAAUAUUACCAGUUUUGGACACACCAAAUCUCUUGAGCUUGUCAAUUGGUUUUAGGUGUACAUGAAACCAAGCACAGUCUAUCCUGAACCGAUCACGAUGCCAUCAAGAGGGGGAUUGUCCAAGUGGACAGCUAUGCUGUCCACAACACUCCUUUUGACAAGCUUAGCAGCAGCCCAGUCAAUACCAAUGGACUACUGCGCAACCAUCAACACGGGGACAGGGCCAGGCAACCACAGCGACUGGCAAUCAGAUGGCCUGUGCUCUAACUUUUGCAAAGGCAGCAAAAGCGGCCUUGCAAUUGUAAGGGGAUCCCUCUGUUGGUGCUCAAACAUCAUGCCCAGUGACAGCGUCCAAGUAGGGACAGACAAAUGCAGAGAUCCGUGUCCCGGCUUUCCAGACGACGUCUGCGGAGGUGACGGUACCUGGGGAUAUAUGCGUAUCAGAGCUAAUCCUAUUACGGGUACAACGGGUGGCUCUGCACCAGCUUCCACAACAACUAGAGGAAGUACAGUUACUGGGCCAGUCCAGGACUCGAAACCUCCCAACCCUGCUCCGGCUCCCAUCUUGACAACUACAAUCACCGCUCUUCCCUCGCUGUCAAGCACAAACUCCGCGGGCCAACAACAGACAACGUCACCACCACAGGUAGAGACAGUGACUGCUGACGGUACGACAAGAAUUGUUACUGUGGCACCCACCGGCGUCGCAGGCUCUCCACAAACGCCUAGCUUCGAUUCCGGCCGUAAGGAAGCAGGAGGCGGGCUCGGGACUGGGGCCGCAGUUGGAAUCGCCGUCGGUGUGAUUUCGAUCCUGGUCGCAGGUGGCAUCAUAGGCUUCAUUUUCUUGCGACGCAAGCGAAGGCAGGAUCGAGAGGCUCAAGAUGCUUCGAAUCCAGGGAACUACGGGGCAGACAUGUCGCAUCCAACCACGGGCUUCGCCACUAGGAGACCAACCAAUGGGACUUGGGGCAGCGAGCACUCGAGCGGGCGCAGAAGCAGCAUGCCUGAUCCCCGAAUGAAGUCAGCCACCGGUGUAUACGGUGGAACAUUCAUCAACAGGAGUCGCGAGAGUUUUGAAUCCAUGCAGGACAACCUCGAUUACUCAAGACCUGUCCAUCACCCCAAUAAGGUACUUAGGGUUGCCAACCCUAGCGAGAACGAUUGAGAGGAUGUGAUGACUUCUCUCUGUACUAUACACAUUACCUAAGUCAAAAGACAAAAUACCGAUACACAGCUCUCCCUCCAAGACAGGGUCGGAAGUUGGAAUUCGAAUAACGACGCAUACGAAUAUCAUACAUUCAACUCACUCAGGGACGAUAUCAGCAAAGCCCGACAAGUGACUACCAAAAUCUUUACGCGACAGCGGCUCGACAUACUCGGGUUGAAAUGAGCUUGGGGUCUCUGGGAUGGUUGUCGAAGCUCCUUGGGGAUCCCAGGACCGGAUAAUUCGCACCGCUCGCAGUCCGAGGACCCCACCAGCAGGAUUGGAUUUUUAGAUUGGAUCGGCACAAUGCACACCCAAGUACGAAACAAAUCAUGUACAGAUUACCAAACAAGCGAACAAUUGGAUGGGGGCUUUGAGGGGGGAGUAGCGCUGUCCAAUACAAAACACAUAUAAUGACAUCUCGGUGUGCAAUCUCCAAACUCUUGGUGGCACAUUGUGCUAAUAGGCGUAGCGGUGGAAAGAUUUGCGGCCAUUCAUCCCCAGGGACGAUACUAAUCAUCGAUUUACAGAACUGCAUGAUGUAAUUAAUCGAUUUUGAUUGACUUUACUGUAUAUGUAACUUGGCUACCGGUUGUACCCAUGUGCUGCGAAAGUGCGACCUGCUUUGUUGCUGACAAUUAUUUCCGAC